AUGAAAGUAUAUAAAGACGUUUUUACAAAUGAUGAAGUAUGCUCAGAUUCGUAUAAUCAAGAAGACCCUUUUGGAAAUCCUGAAUUUCGAAAUAUUGCCUUUGAAGUAAAAUCAAAUAAAAGGAUAAAGGGAAAUGAAGAUUAUGGAAUUGCUGACAAUAGUGAAGAAAUGCAAGAAGGAAUGGGAGCUGAUGUAGAGCAAGUAAUUGAUAUUGUAGAUUCAUUUCAAUUAACUUCAACUUCAUUUAGUAAAAAAGAAUACAGCGCUUAUAUAAAAAAUUAUAUGCAAAAAGUUGUUAAAUAUUUAGAAGAAAAAAAACCCGAUCGCGUAGAAGUUUUUAAAACACAAGCUCAACCAUUUAUUAAACACAUUUUAACAAAUUAUAAUGACUUUGAACUUUAUAUGGGUGAAUCACUUGAUAUGGAAGCUGGUUUAAUAUAUUCAUAUUAUAAGGGAGAAGAAUUAACACCACGUUUUGUAUAUAUAUCUGACGGAUUAUACGAAGAAAAAUAUUAA